UUUUUUUUUAGGUUUUUUCCCGAAGGCUGUUUUCAUGCUCUUAAAAAUUUACAUCAAUAUUGCUUUGCAACAAUAUGCUUCGUGAAAUAGUUUUGUAAGAGCUGUAAAUCACGUAGAAAUAUUGAGCUAGAAGUUAUUUGUGUGAGGUUUUAUGCGUUAGUUACCCGCUGGUGUGUUAGCAAACAUGGAGCCUAACGGCGUUAAUCCGUCUGUCACCUCCGCAGUGUCGACGACGACUUCAACAGCCAGCAACUGUGUGGCAAACGACAGUACAGCAACCAGUGCCAGCAGCAUCCCGUCAGUCACUAUUAACGCCUCAACGUCAGUAGCCAUGGUGACACCUUCAUCAGACGCGUCUGUCUCCAACGGCAUCUACGUUCCUGGUGGCAUCGCCAAUGGGGAUGUGAAGCCCGCUGUUACUACGCCACUGGCAGAUUUCCUCAUGCAGCUGGAGGAUUACACUCCCACGAUUCCCGAUGCUGUGACAGGCUACUAUCUCAACCGGGCUGGAUUUGAGGCAUCUGAUCCAAGAAUAAUUCGUUUAAUUUCCCUCGCUUCUCAAAAGUUUAUCUCUGACAUUGCCAAUGAUGCACUGCAGUACUGUAAAAUGAAGGGCACUGCUACAGGAAGCUCAAGAAACAAGACAAAGGACAAGAAAUACACCCUGACGAUGGAGGACCUGACUCCUGCCCUUUCAGAAUAUGGCAUCAAUGUCAAAAAACCAUAUUAUUUCACAUAAAAGUGUCUUGCAUCAAAGACUUAAAAGUUUUUCCCCCUUUUUGCUUAUUUUCUGUGUCUGCUGACACAUUAGUCGUUUGACACAUUUUGCAAGUUUGACUUUGAGCAAUGUUUGAGCCACUUUUGCAUUUUGUGAAAUUAUAAAAUUCCAGUGUUUAAAAAGGCCCAAUUAAAAACCUUAUUGUAGACU